ACCGCCCAACGGCCACUGGACGUGGGUCUGUGAGCUCCAUCCUCACAGCCGGGGUGGGGCAGGGGACCGCCAGGGUGUCCCUUCUCUCCCUUCCUUUGUGACAUCGGCGGUGUGGCUCCCGAGGGAGGCAGAUGGGGGACCGAGCGUCCCCGUCCCAGUCCCCGUCCCAGUCCCCGUCCCUGUCCCCAUCCCCGUCCCCCACUACUCCCCAUCCCCCUACCCCGGGCUUACUGGUUUGGUUCAUCUUGGAGAUGCAGAAGCAGGAGAAGCAAAAGAGCAGGACCGCAACGAAGGCGAACAGAAAAAUGUUUAUUUCUUUGUGGGAGUUCUUCUAUGGGCACUUUUUCCGAUUUUGGAUGAAAUGGGUCUUACGACAGAUGACUGGAAAAUGUGAAUUGCAGCGAAUUUUCGACACCUAUGGAGGCGCACAGAGGACAUACAGGAUAGAAAAUUCCUUGACAUAUUCCAAGAGUAAGGUCCUCCAGAAUGCAACACGGGUUGCUGAGAGUGAACUGGACAGAUGUGUAGCAGACAUAAUGAAGGAAAAGAACAUCUGCCCCAAGAAAGACACCAGUUUUCAAAUCUGCAUGAGGACGUGCUUACUGCAGAUAACUGGCUAUAAGCAGCUCUACCAGGACGUAGAAAACGUGAGGAAAAAACCCUAUGAUUCUGGCAAUGCGCAGCAUGAGAAGCUGCUCCUCAAGCUCUGGAAUCUUCUGAUGCCUACGGAAAAGCUGAAGGCCCGAAUCUCUAAGCAGUGGGCGGACAUUGGUUUCCAAGGUGAUGAUCCCAAAACAGACUUCAGAGGCAUGGGCAUACUCGGCCUAAUCAAUCUUGUGUAUUUCAGUGAAAAGUACACCAGUGAGGCGCACCAGAUUCUUUCCCGUUCUAAUCAUCCCAAAUUAGGGUACUCUUAUGCAAUAGUUGGGAUCAACCUCACAGAGAUGGCUUAUAGCUUACUCAAGAGCGAAGCCUUGAAGCUUCAUCUCUACAACUUCGUUCCUGGGAUACCAACAAUGGAGCACUUCCACCAGUUUUACUGUUACCUUGUCUGUGAAUUUGACAAGUUUUGGCUUGAAGAAGAACCAGAAAGCAUUAUGUACUUCAACCUGUACAGAGAGAAGUUUCAUGAGAAGAUUAAAGGACUCUUAAUGGAUUACAAUGCUGUACUCACUUUGAAAACAUGAAACAUCAUACAUAGUGUCUUCUCUUUCUACCACGUUUUGCACAUACAGCAGAAUUUAUAUGUUAUAGAAAUUAUCUGAUCAACUACACUCUUAUAUAUAAUUUCCUACAGAAUACUUGAGAACUCUAUUUAAGAAAGCUAGUGGACAAUCAGUGUAUGUUUACAGUUGUUUAUACACUGUUCUCCACAGGUUCCGCACCCUUCCAAAGAGCCCUUCUGGAGUCACAUAAACUACAGUUUGGAACUUGGGACUUAACCUGUUAGUUUAAAAGUAUGAAUCAGGUAUAUUUAUAUUUAGCCAGUUGAUUAAAAUGUACACGAACCUCAUUUUUAGGUGUUGUAGCUCUCAAGCUGGUAUCACUCUCAAAAUUUCAGAACUCUCCAAGAUUAUUGUUCAGUCUGGAAGUGGGUUUUGAGUGUGCUUCUCUUUUUUAUUUCUAGACAGACAGGCACCAGGUGAGCCCUAAGGCUUUCUUUGAGUCUCAGCACUUGUCAGGAUGUCCUUUCUGUAGAGUGGGGGGAGCAUGGCUCUGUCAGAGGGUGAAGAACCAUGGCUUCCUUCUCUGAUGGCUGACCAUAACAGAAAAUGAGAGAAUGGUAGUGUGGGAGACUAGCUUUUCAUUUAUGAAUAACACACUUUAGAGGUCUUAUUUCAAGGUUUCUAAGCAUUUACUCUUGCUCAGUAUUUGCUUUUUAUCAGCUGUAUAGAGAACCUUCCUCACAGCUGUGAGGUCCUCUGUCUCUGCAUUAGUAAGGAGGUGCAUCUACUCAGAAAAUCCGGACUUUGGAAACAUGGUUUCUUUUAAGAUCAAACUGUCUUUGAAGCUUACACAGGAAGAAAACUUAGAGCUUUCUCAGAAUGUCUGUUUUCCAUCACUGGCGUGUUUGGCUUGCUCUUCACUUUUGCUUGCCCUUGCCUUGACUCUGGUGUUUCUGGGUAAUGUUGUGGGGACCCGAUUAACAGGCUGUGGGUGCCGUAGCCUGGACCAUGACUGUGCGUUUGUAUAGCUUUACUCCCCCCAAUCUCAGGAGGGCAGCAAGUACUUUUGGGGAUCAUACAUGAUGAGGUUUCCUCUUGGCAAGUUUUGGAGAUUUGUUCUCAGAGCAAAGUUAAAAGAGUCUAAAGUUAGGAAAGAUUAUUGGCUUGUGAGGCAGUUUUAUGUCCUGUGGAAACCGGUUGACAAUAUAAUAAUUUAAUCUCAAACAUGGUGAUAUUUUGCACAUCUUUUAAUAUCAGGUAUCUAAAGACUAGCUCAUGUGAUAGAGGAAGAUUUGGUAUUUUCCAACAGUUUGUUCAUGUCUUUUGAUAAGUUCCUGUCUUCACGCUGGUCGAAGAGAGAAUGGUACAGAUGUCCCACGGGAAAGCCACAGCUGUAGUGUUGCAUAGCACGUGCAUUACAAUACAUGGGUUAAAAUUGUUUUUCCUUAUGGAAGAUGAAACUUUUUCUAAAAGUAGGUUUGUUUUAUAAUACGAGAAAGGAUUUAGCUUUUCAGUAUUAUAGGAACUUAAUAAUUGAUUUCUUUUUUUUUUUUUUUUUUUGGUUUUUCGAGACAGGGUUUCUCUGUGUAGCUUUGCGCCUUUCCUGGAGCUCACUUGGUAGUCCAGGCUGGCCUCGAACUCACAGAGAUCCGCCUGGCUCUGCCUCCCGAGUGCUGGGAUUAAAGGCGUGCGCCACCACCGCCCGGCCAAUAAUUGAUUUCUUAUAGGGGACUUUCUCAACCCUGGUAAUAUAUUCAUUUCACUUUUGAAAAAUCUUUUGUUGUCCAUGUUUUAUGAUAUAUUGUAACAAAACCCUAACGAGGAGCAUAUGUCCGCCAUUACCAUUCAUUGUAUUAUAGUGUUAACUUUUCCAUGGAAAGCAGUUGUGUAAGUCUUUAACUUUUGCACUAAAAAUAGUUACCAUUUAUUUUAAUUUUUCAACAGCUUAGAUCUUGAACUGAUUGAACUCUUUAUCAGCCUAUUUAAUAAAAAGAGUACUUGAAAGGUGACGGAGGACAUUUUUAAGUAAUAAAGCAUUUCCCAGCAGAAAACCUCUAGUGAUAUUAAGGACAUGUCAUAGUUUAGUUAAUGUCACAGUCUUAAUUCUCCUUUGUUUGUACAUUACAGAUAUUGUUUGUUUUUUACUGAAAUUAUCAUUAACCAUUUCAGAUACACAGUGAACUGAUCUAUAAGCCAAUGACGGCUUCAGAGUUCUAGAAUUUGACCGUCACUGGUUGUACAUGAGACUGUGGCACGAACCCUCUGGCUGACAGUUUAGGCAAAUGCAGGGAGGAAGACACAGUUUCAAAGGUGCCAGAAUUAUGUAGUUUGAAAACCCAUGGGUAGGUCUUCAUCUGUGUCUAGAACUAGGAAAUGACAGCGCAGCAAUUGAUGGUCACAGCAUCAAAGUAGCAGGGAAGUUAUGUUCGUUUUAGUAGAAACAAAUCAAUGUGGAAAUGAAUUUUCGUAUGUGCGAGGUUGAAGAGAUUUUACCAGUGACAAGAGCAGCAUAAAAAUAUAACUGCAACAUUUCCAGUUCAGAUGCUUUCAAAGACAAUCUUUUUAAAAAUGGGAGACACCGGGGUCACUGAAUCCAGACCCGCCUCCUUGUAAAUAAAUGUAACAGUACAGCUAGGUAUAAAAAUGAAUUUCAACUGGCACCAUUUACAGUUUGGAAAUCAGAAUCUUUUUCUUAAUAAUCCCUACCCUGUUUUUUUUUCUUUCUAUUUUAGUAGCUACUUGGAUUUGUAUGUAUUUUUCUACGAAAAUGUAUGCACUCAUGAUUCUUCCUUCAGUGUUGGCCACCAUUCAUGCCGUUCUGUCCAUUGUGAAAGAGACUUUGAUUAAAAGCUUUGCUCAAGGGAAAAACCACACUACUUGGGUGUGAAAAGCACCUGCUCGUUUCUGUGGGAGGUGUCAUGGCACCGAAGAGCGGUGCCUGGAGGGUGAUAAUCUUGAUUCUCGUGAUCGUGACUGAGCACCAGCAGCUGGGUCCUCGGGAUAGAUGCCCUCUUCUAACCCAUGAAGAAUAUUGUGGCUGGUGAGGCUUUGUGUCACGUUCAUGUGUGGAGUCUCCACACAAGCAGCUUUUAAAUGGAGAUGAGUGGGCUUGUUCAUGCGUGAGAAAUAUCAUGCCUUGUGGUUUGGUUUUUUCUGCCUCCAGUUUUUGUUGAGAAAAAAAGUUUCAAAUGUAGUGUAGGUGGUACCCAACAACCACAUUACCUUUGGUAGGGUAGGUCUAUGUUUUUGUUAAAGUACUGACAAAUAUUUAAGCAGUAGUGUUCCCUGGAGGGAAAGUACUGGCUGGCAACUUAAAAUUUUGUCUAUUUUGCAUCAAGCAUUUGAGUUUCAAGUAAAAGCAAUAGUGUGAGAUGUGUUGUCCUUUUGUUUGUGAUGUUAAGUGAGAAAAUAAAAACAGCUGAAACUGU